UCUGACAUCGACCCUGAUUUUCCCUCUACUUGUAAGAACCCCAACCUCAGAAGCAUUUUUGCUGUUGGUCCUGGUGAGGGUGCCAUCUCUGUCUUUCAACAGACUGACCCUGAGGAUACAGGGUGGCCCAGCUAGUCUUUUUAGCACCAGUACCAAUUGCAGUCUGUUAGAAAGCGGCCCUCCCAUCUUUACCUUUAUGUCUCAAGCAGUGCUGAAAGAACUUUCCCAGGCAUUCUUUUUCCAGUGCAUUCCUUGAGAGUUGAGCCAGUGUCAGCUGGUGGGGUCCCUGAGCCACUGAUGAUACUUCCACUCCGCUCCUGAUGACUGUGGCUUUGUUGCAACUCUGAGUCCAAGAACUUGUAGCAUCAUUCCUAAGCCAGUACACUGUGCCUGUCUCACCUUCUGCUUCCCAGGCAUGUGGCCUCUCCAGCUUCAUUCCAUGCCUCCACGACUCAACUCAGGAAAAGUCUGAGUGCGUUUGAAACUUGAGGCUAGCUCACCCACCUUUGGGACUCCCCGGACUGCAGCUACCAGCACAGCACCCAUCAGCAGGGUCCUCGAGUGACUGAAGCUCACACAUCCAUGCCUGCUGGUUCCCGCCUUUUUUUUUUUUUACCAUGUCUUAUGCAAGCUGAUCACCAUCUAUUUUGUUCUUGAAACGGGUAUGAAAUGUGUUAGGGAAAAGAUUGUACUGCUACAAGCCAUCACCCAACUUACGCCUCCUCACACUGCCUAUUUGGUAUCUUCUCCACACCAUUUGUAUCCCAUCCACCCAGGGUCAGAGCCUAGUAACUCCUCUAACUUCUCUCUCCUGACUGGGAGAAGGGUCAAGGAAUGUCAGCAAAUAAAAGAACUUUCAUCCAAUCCCAGUGUAGAUAUUGGGCCCCAAAAGACAAACUGUGCCUGGAAGAGAGAGAAAGUAAGAAAAAGCUAGAGGAUUGGUGCUUGCAGCUCAGCCCCAAGACAACUGUGGAGCUGGGGGAGAAGCUUCCAGGAGCCUUGUGAUUAUGACUUUGUCACUGCCCUAAAAUUGCCCUGGAGACCAACUCCCCUUGUGCCCAAAAUAGGUCCCUGACAUUCAGGUCCUUUCUGCCCAGCCCAGCUUCUCUCAGUUUCCUAACAAAUUUUAAAUCCUUGGAGUGGCUCCAGAGAUGUAUUCGUGGGCCAGAACCCCACUCUGUGGUGUGAACAAAAGUGGGCCAGAAGUGUUGGACUAGAGCCUUUCCCUCUAGUCCCUGACACCCCUAUUCUGAAUCCCAGGGUUCACAGGAAGAGGGCCAGGCUCACGGCUAAGCCUUGGAAGCAGAAGCUGUUACUGAUUGUAGGUCUAGCAAGAUCUUUCCCCCCAUUCUGAGUCACGUCUGGUGCCUCUCCCACAGGCUGAAUUAGAUUCUGGGUCACUGCCCUGGAAGAGAGGCCCAACCCAGAGCCCAGGGGCCUGAGGCCGGCAGGAGCCGACACCUUUGCUGUCCCACCUUUCACCGUUAGCAGCGAAGCCCGCCUUGCUCUUGCUCAAGGGAGUCACCCGUUCCUGAGUGAGUCAGGGUCACUCAUUUGGUGACAGCUGUGGCUCGCCUUACAGGAGCUAAAUUGGGAGUUGGAAUGUCACGCAGAUGCCCCUUGUUCCCCACCCCCAUGUUAAAAUUAAUCUCCUCUCUGGGGAGUGAGAGACAAACAGCACUGCCCAUAGAGUGAGCAAGAGUCGUUGGGGGAACAAAAGGAGAAGUUUGCAGGAACAGACAUUCAGGGAGGGCAGAUAACAAAGCUACAUGUGCCUGGCUCGCAUGCUGAGCGCAGCUAGAGACAGGGAAGUGCGUGAAGACAGCUCUUGAAGGUGCAGGUGGAUUGUUAGAGGAAGGGACAGGAGGGACAGCUGAACUGGUUCAAGAGGGAGCAGCAGAAGGGGACAUAAGAACCAUAAACUGAAGCAAGCGAGGACGGUCCCGAGGCUGCGAGAGGAGGCCAGGACCAGAGCCAAGGCCGGGGAAGGCACAAGCGCUGAGGGGAUGAACUUCACAGUGGGUUUCAAGCCGCUGCUAGGGGAUGCACACAGCAUGGACAACCUGGAGAAGCAGCUCAUCUGCCCCAUCUGCCUGGAGAUGUUCUCCAAACCGGUGGUGAUCCUGCCCUGCCAGCACAACCUUUGCCGCAAGUGUGCCAACGACAUCUUCCAGGCCUCAAACCCUCUGUGGCAAUCCAGGAGCUCCACCACCGUGUCUUCGGGAGGCCGUUUCCGAUGUCCAUCUUGCAGGCAUGAGGUUGUCCUGGACCGACAUGGCGUCUAUGGCCUACAGCGAAACCUGCUGGUGGAGAACAUCAUCGACAUCUACAAGCAGGAGUCAUCCCGGCCUCUGCACUCCAAGGCCGAGCAGCAUCUCAUGUGUGAGGAGCACGAAGACGAGAAGAUCAAUAUCUACUGCCUGAGCUGUGAAGUGCCCACCUGCUCCCUCUGCAAGGUCUUUGGAGCCCAUAAGGACUGUGAGGUGGCUCCGCUGCCCACCAUUUACAAACGCCAGAAGAGUGAGCUCAGUGAUGGCAUCGCAAUGCUGGUGGCCGGCAAUGACCGUGUGCAAGCAGUGAUCACUCAGAUGGAGGAGGUGUGCCAGACCAUCGAGGACAACAGCCGGAGGCAGAAGCAUUUGCUGAACCAGAGGUUCGAGACCCUGUGCGCCGUGCUGGAGGAGCGGAAGGGUGAGCUGCUGCAGGCGCUAGCUCAGGAGCAGGAGGAGAAGCUGCAGCACGUGCGUGGCCUCAUCCGCCAGUACGGAGACCACCUGGAAGCCUCCUCCAAGUUGGUGGAGUCGGCUAUCCAGUCCAUGGAGGAACCGCAGAUGGCGCUCUACCUCCAGCAGGCCAAGGAGCUGAUCAAUAAGGUUGGUACAAUGUCAAAGGUGGAGCUGGCUGGGAGGCCGGAGCCUGGCUAUGAAAGCAUGGAGAAGUUCAGCGUGAGUGUGGAGCACGUGGCCGAAAUGCUGAGGACCAUCGACUUCCAGCCGGGAGCUUUCGGGGAGGAAGAGGAUGAGGAGACGCCAUUGGAUGGGGAAGAGGGCAGUGCAGGGCCAGAGGAAGAGCGGCCUGAUGGGCCAGAAGCCCUGCACUGACCCGCCCUCUGUUGGGAAGCCCACAGCCCUUAGGUCUGGCGAUCGGGUUGUGGAGGAUCUGCAGAGACCACCAUGCCACCAGCUCUCCCGCGGUGGGGAGGGGCUCAAUAAAGGA